AUGCAGGUGCAGACGUUGGUAUUCGUCAAGCAAGAAAUGGACGAUAAUGCAGCGCUUGGGAAGCGGCCAGACUCUACGGAGAUCCUGCAAGACAUCGAUGCUGCAGACAAGAAGACUGCAAGCGCCGCCGGCGACAAGCGGCACGCGUGCGGGCAGUGCGGCGAGCGCUUUCCCCACUUCGAGACGCACACGGGCGAGAAGCAGGCCUGCAACUUGAACCUGCGAGUGAGGUCGCACACGGACGAGAGGCCGUACGUUUGCGAGGAGUACGGGAAGGGCUCCGCGCAGGCCUGCAACUUGAACCUGCGAGUGAGGUCGCACACGGACGAGAGGCCGUACGUUUGCGAGGAGUACGGGAAGGGCUCCGCGCAGGCCUGCAACUUGAACCUGCGAGUGAGGUCGCACACGGACGAGAGGCCGUACGUUUGCGAGGAGUACGGGAAGGGCUCCGCGCAGGCCUGCAACUUGAACCUGCGAGUGAGGUCGCACACGGACGAGAGGCCGUACGUUUGCGAGGAUUGCGGGAAGAGUUUUCCCGGCUGCUCCGACAUGAAGAGGCACGCCAGGACGCACCGCGGGCGAGAGAAC